GCUAUGCCCGAUUCGGCGAUGCGCACCUUGUGUGCUUGGCAGACCGCGGCAAGCCAAAACGCAAUUCACGACUGCAACACAUGGUGCUCGCUGUCAGCAUCGUCUUGGCUCUCAUCUUGUUUCUCCUGUGCGGCUGGCCUCGUCGCUUCGAUCGAUUAAACGCCUACAAGGGUUGUACGGCGCGGCCGAAGAACGACGAGCUGGGCUUAAAAAAAAAACAUGAUUCUGGAAAUGCCGUGCAAUGCGCUCGGCAGCUCAUCUAUCUGGUGAUGGAAGGAGCGUGGGGCCAGCAAGAUCCUCGUGCCAUCAAGAAAACGCCUCUAGCUUCGCCUCUACCGUCUGUAGUCACCUAUCACAGCUUGGAAUACGUCGAAAUACAUACGAAUGUUCGGCCUGGUAGACCCGAAGCAGGCUUUCGCCUACAUAUGAACAGACGUUCAAGGUCAAGGUCGAGCCUUCGAGGCCGGCUGGCGCUGGCGAAUAAGUCGACGACGUCUACGGUCUUGGAUGUGAGACGGGUCCAAGCAGAACCUUAUCACUACCUACGACGGCCGCACUCUCGGUCUGCCGGCCCCCAGGCUGUCACCCCCUUGGCCCCUGGCGGUCUUGAGCUUCUCCUCUUGUUCGCGGAUCGUCGGAUUCGCGGUUCGUCUUCUAUUUUUGUUCCAGAAUAUUGCAUCUGCCGGUUCCAAAUUGCAUCGUUGGCACGUUGUGUCGUCAAUCCUCGUCGAGAUCGGGGGCCCCGACGACGGCCUGUCCCCCGUCCAAGAAAUAGAGCUGCAGAGAACCCUGGAAGCUUUCUCAGCCCAAUAUCCAUCGACAAGCAGCCCAGGGGAAGAAGAGAAGGGGAACGGGACGGGCUUUAUCUGGCAAGGCAAAAAGAGGGCAGUCAGGGUUCAGGGGUGGCUUGUACUCUGUACUUCCAGUGUCCAUUCCGUGGCCCACCGUGCCCGCCUCCCACAGCUUUCGUCAGGUUCAGGGAAACGGAGCCCAGGCGGGGUAACCGUCGACCCUUCAGUCGGCGUCGGUCGCACAAGAGAGGGGAAAGGCCGUGUCAACGACUGUGCCGCCGAUCUCCAGCACAAAGAGAGACUCGGAGUCUCAUAGUCUCGCUCCCAUAGAUUACGCCGCCGUUGGAUGCGCCUGGUGGCAGCACCAAAGUUACAAGCUACAACCAACCAUCCCCGCGCAAUACGAACCCCCCAAACCGUCCAGCCCAGUCCACCUCA